AGUGAUCAGCUACUAAAAUUAAGACACGGGCUUAAGAUUACGCGAAUUUUUAAGUUAAGCCAAUGAUAAUGAAGGAAAUGAUAAUUACCUAAACAGCUGUAAACAUACCUUACUCUUGAAAUAUCAUUCAAGCGUACUUCAUCAUGUAUUGGCAUAAUUUUUUAGUUUGUUCCCUAGUGAUUAUUAGUGUUUGUGCCAAAAAUGAGUUAUAUUCUGGAUCAAAAAUUUACAACGUGAAACUCACUUCACUAAAACAACAGGAGACGCUCAGCCAUUUGAAGAAAGAUGACGUAGAUUUCUUGAGAUACCCAUCUUUUACACACAACAUCACUGGUCGAGCUUUGGUUCCUGCAGCUCAAGUGGACUGGUUCGAAGAGCAGCUAAACAGCUUUGGGAUACCCGUGGAUAUUCAAGUCCAUGAUGUCCAAGAGUACCUCAUGAGAAAGGAUCGUAGUCAGAAGGAAUUCUCAAGGAGUUUUGCGUUUGAUGGUUAUUACCGUUAUGAGCAGAUCCUCUCAUACCUUAACACAGUGCAGGAGCAAAACAGUAACGUUGAAGUUAUAGAGUAUGGAAAAACAGCACAAAAUCGACCAUUAGUUUACGCAAAAAUAACAAAUGACGAUACAAAUACUAAACCAGUCAUAAUUAUAGAAGCUGGAAUCAUUCCCAGGGAAUGGAUUACGAUACCAGCUGCUAUUAACGCCAUAAAUAAAUUACUUGAAAUAGAAAAUGCCAAACUGUUGAAUGCAUUUGACUGGAUUGUUAUUCCUGUACUGAAUCCUGAUGGAUACGAAUACACCCAUACUGAUCUCCGCUACUGGACCAAAACCCUCACUACAUCAAGCCACCUCCAAUCUGUUUGCCCUGGCGCAAACAUAAACCGCAACUUCGACAUCGACUGGCUAGUCUCUGGCUCCAGCUCGAGCCCUUGCAGUCCCAUCUACUCUGGCAUAGAACCCUUCUCGGAAAUCGAAAGCCAAAUGGUCAAAAACCUACUUGAAGAAUACGGCGAUAGAUUCCGCAUGUUCCUCUCCUUGCAAAAUAAUGGCCCAUUCAUCACGUAUCCGUGGCAGUUUGACAAAGCUGCUACUGGUGCAUUCAGACUUCAUCAUUUCCUCGGUCGUGAUAUGGCUAAAAGUAUCGGUUCAGAGUACGUCACUGGAGUGGGAUCAGUGACGACAGAUGAAAGAAUUUCGGGAACCAGCAGUGAUUUUGCUCAGAGAAGCGGUGUGCUGUAUUCUUUCAAUAUAAAUUUGAAACAAGAUGAGAACGACGAUGUUCUUGUACCUGAAAGUGAGAUACCUAGAGCUAUUGAAGAGGCUUGGAGAGCUAUUAGUGUUGCGGCUGACAGUAUUAUUUCUUAAUUGUUAUUGUUAUAAAAUAAGAAGUUAUUACCAUCUAUAAU